AUGGAAAAUAUAAUUGAAUCUCUAACUCGUACAGCGACAACAACGACAACAACAGCAGCAGCAACUGCUACUAGACGACUUCGAAGUCUCUAUUUACCUUCUUCAGAUCAUACAACCGAACUGACUAGACGAUUUAAUAGUCUAAGAAGAUCAGCCAAUCACAAAUCUUCAACAUCAACAACUGAGCAUAAAAAAAUUAGAAUUAAACUUAUACCUAAUAUUACCAUAAAUACCCGAUGCUUUGUUUUUGAUGUUGUUGACUAUGAGUUAGAAAGUGAGGGCCCUAUUCUUAAAUUAGGCCGUUAUUCUGACCGAACUGUUGUACCAGAUCGAAUUUCUUUUAAAAGUAAAGUAGUAAGCAGAUAUCAUGCAGAAAUAUGGUUAUCCAAACUAGAUAACAAGGUCAUGUUUAAGAUUAUUUAUAUAUUAAUGAUUUAUAUUAGAGACACUGGGUCAUCAAGUGGUACAUUUGUGAAUCACAUUCGUCUUUCAGCGGCUAAUACAGAAAGUGCUACUCCUUAUGAACUAGUAGAUGGGGACUUGAUUCAAUUGGGUAUGGAUUAUAAAGGUGGUAUAGAGCCCGUAUUUAGAGCAGUCAAGAUGCGUCUGGAAGUGGAUCGUAAAGAAUGGUAUAAACCAAAUUCAAAUGCCUUUCGUCUUACUGCGUUUCAACAAUUACGGGAAAAAAUGAAAAGUACCCCUGAUGAUACAGAGGGAGCAGUUAGUAAAAUAAAUAAUGCUACUGCUGUUAAUACCGAAGAUAUCCAUGAGUGCUGUAUCUGCCUCUAUUGUAUUGCUCCCUUCCAGGCAUUGUUUAUUGCUCCUUGCUCUCAUAUAUACCAUUAUAAAUGUAUAAGACCAUUAUUAGUACAAAAUUAUCCGGGAUUUUCAUGUCCAUUAUGCAGAACAUAUUCCAAUUUAGAAGCUAGUGUUGCUGUCGAAGAAAAUGAAGUGUUACAAAUGCUUGGUAUAGUAAAUAUAGAAAAAGAUGCUAGAAAAGGAAAUAUACAAAUGUCUGCUUCGGAAGAUAAACAGUUAUUGGCGCAUAAAGGUUAUUGUUAUCAUCGUGAAAAAACAUUAAUAGCUGAAGAAGAACAAGAGUCACCAUCUAAUCCUCUAUUGGAGUCUUCUUCAACAUCCUUAUUUUUCCAGCUUCAAAUACCAUUCAUAGACAGCGGUUUAGAAGUAACUUCUUUAACGGGUACAGCAUCUCAGCAUCAUAAUGCAGGGGAGUCAUUAUAA